AUGGAGAUUCAAUAUGAUAACUUAAUUUACAUGGCCUUUGUCAACAUAGAACAGGCCAGAGAAGUAGUUUCAUACCCUACCAACAUUCCUAUAGUUUACGAAAAAAUUAUAUCUUUUACAAAAGAAAAGGUACUUGAGUCACUUAGAGAGUCUAAAACAGAUGUUUCUGAAAUACUAGUUGAGGAAGCAAGUUUGUUUUUCCUAUCAGAUGAUGAUAAUAAAAUCGGAGCUUAUUUGUUAACUUUGGGGGAAAAUUAUCCAAGACGUUUCGCCAACAGCUUAUUAAAGGAUUUAAUUAAUGUAGUGUUAUCAAGUGGAUAUGAUCACGAUUCGACCACGUCGGAUCUCCAAUAUUUGGUUGAGGACAAAUUGAAAGAGAUUUUCCACAAAUACGACUCAGUGGUUGAAAAAGACCAAGUCACCUUGGUAAGGGUGAAAACUGAGCUUGCCAAAGAAAACAUAAGGGACAGUUUAAUACAAGUUAUGGAAACCGCAGCAAACGUUGAAUUACUUAAGAAAACCUCUGAAAAUUUGAAAGUCAAAUCACAGCAGGCAUUUGAAACCUCAAAAAAAGCCAAUAAACAUUUUGGGAAAUACAAAAAAGUGGUAUGUUUCCUCAUCUAUUUUGUUAUUUAUCAGUAUUAA